AUGGCAGAGGCAUUUGUCAACUUUGAAGAGGUGAAGCAGAAGCUGCCUCCAGCCGUAUCCAGCACCGAUCUCGAAAGCGAGAUUGCGGGCAGGAGUGACCUGCCUGUGCUUGUCGUGCUCGAUGACGACCCCACGGGGACUCAGACAUGCCACGGAAUCAACGUCCUGACGGUCUGGGAUGAGGACAUUCUCGCUCAAGAGUUUUUGCAGUGCAAUGGAGGAUUCUUUAUUUUGACCAACUCGCGCGCCCUUCCAACCCCGGAAGCUCGCCAGCUGAUUCACACCAUCUGCACCGCGGUAAAGAAUGCGGCGAUAAAGACUUCGAAACGUUUCGAGAUCGUGCUGCGCGGCGACUCAACUCUGCGCGGCCAUUUUCCCGACGAGCCCGAGGUCGCUGAAGAGGUCAUUGAAGCCGUCGAUGGCUGGGUUCUCGCGCCUUUCUUCCGGCAGGGUGGGCGCUACACCAUUGACGAUAUUCACUAUGUCGCCGAUGCGAAAGGAAAUCUGGUGCCGGCGGCACAGACGCCGUUUGCCAAGGAUGCGACGUUUGGAUACAGGAAUUCGAACUUGAGGAAGUACGUGGUGGAAAAGUCGGGCGGUUCGAUCGCGGAAGAUAGAGUGCAGUCGAUUUCGCUGGAGGACAUUCGCAAUGGAGGGCAACAGGGAGUUACAGAAAGGUUGCUCACCUUUGGAAAAGGAUCCGUGAUUAUUGUGAAUGCUGUGGUGGAUACAGACAUGGAGAUCUUUACAGCAGCACAAGCCAAGGGUCGCCGAUACCUGUAUAGAACCGGCGCCGCGUUUGUGUCGACUAGACUCGGCAUUCCACAGAUUCCUCCUGUGACGCCCAAAGCCCUGGGGAUGAGCCUGCAGCCGUCCCAGCCAGGCGGGUUGAUCCUGGCAGGGUCAUACGUACCCAAAACAACCGAGCAGCUGCAGUCCCUCAUCGACGGCAGCAAAUCAUUACAAACAAUAGUACUCAAAGUUGAAGAUCUCUUGAAGAGCACAGAUGCCGCGGAGCAAGCGGCCCUGGACGCGGCGGACAAAGCUGGCCAGCUCAUCCUCAAGGGCCAGGAUGUGCUCGUGAUGACCAGCCGUGCCUUGAUUACCGGAAAUGACGGAGUCUCCAGCUUGAAGAUUGGGAGCACCGUUGCGGCUGUCCUCGUGUUGUUCCUUCGCCUCCUCGUUCCUCGACCGCGGUACAUCAUUGCCAAAGGAGGCAUCACGUCUUCGGAUGCCGCCUGUAAGGGUCUUCGCAUGCGCCGUGCCCAGAUCCUCGGACAAGUAGCUUCAGGGGUGCCCCUUUGGCAAUGCAACGAGCCGACAUCCAAAUUUUCCGGCAUCCCAUAUGUGGUUUUCCCUGGUAACGUUGGCGAGGUCGACACCCUGCGCGACCUGGUCGCUUCAUGGGCCAAAGAGAAGACAGGAAUGCAGUACCAGCGACUGGGGAAGAGCUCGCUGAAAAUAUCCAAAGUCAUCCUCGGGUGCAUGACGUUUGGUAACCCCUCUUGGGAGGGAAGUCCAUGGGUCCUGUCUGAAGAAGAGGCACUUCCCCUUCUGAAAAAGGCAUACGACUGCGGCAUCAAUACCUGGGAUACAGCCAACACCUACUCUAAUGGUCUCUCCGAGGUAAUCGUUGGCAGGGCACUACGAGAGUACUCUAUCCCACGCGAGAAGGUGGUAAUCCUAAGCAAGCUCUACUACCCCGUGAUGGAUAUCAAGUCUAAUUCCCGGCCAAACCCGGCGGUCAAUGAUCGAUCCCUCAUCAAUCAGAUGGGCCUGAGCCGAAAGCAUAUUUUCGAAGCGGUCGAGGCCUCUCUACGACGGCUCGGGACGAGUUACAUUGACGUGCUGCAGUUACAUCGCGUGGACGAGACCGUGAAGAACAACCCCGAGGAGGUCAUGCGGGCACUGCACGAUCUGGUUCAGAUGGGCAAAGUGCACUACCUCGGCGCGUCGAGCAUGUACUGCUGGCAACUCGCGCGGCUACACUACACGGCUAAGUUUAAUGGAUGGACAGGUUUCACCAGUAUGCAGAAUCUAUACAAUUUGCUCUAUCGAGAGGAGGAGCGUGACACGAACCCGUUCUGCGACGUCGAGGGAAUUGGUCUCAUUCCCUGGAGUCCGCUAGCAAGAGGCCUCCUCGCCCGGCCGUCAAGCGUGCAGACUGAGCGGUCGAAACGUGACGCCAAGACAGCAAAGUGGUUUGCCGGUGACCAGAAUGUGAAGAUUAUUGAUAGGGUACAACAGUUGGCGCAGAGUAAAGGCUGCUCGAUGAGUGCACUGUCUAUGGCUUGGUUGCUGAGCAAGGGGGCGUGUCCGGUGGUCGGACUGAACAGCGCAGAGAGGAUUGAAGCUGCAACGGAGGCAUUCAGCAUCACGCUCUCUGAUGAUGAGGCUCGAUGGUUGGAGGAGCCAUACAGGCCAUUGGAGAUUCAGGCUAUGUAG